UUUGACUGAGCGGGUCUAAGUGAGAGAGUAGGAGGAAGCGAUGGCGAGCGCUAUCGGAGCUGCCGGCGGCGGCGCGGCGGCGUCUGGGUCGGCGGCGUCGGCGGGUGGCGCCGGCGGCGGCGGCCCGCUGUACCAGGUGGCCGCGGUGGACCAGGGGCUCAACCUGGAGCCGGAGACACUGUCGUUCUGGGGCUAUGACGACGGCAGCGCUGUGCUGCUGGUGGUGAAGGGCGGCCUGGUGUUCGCGUACGACAUGGCGCCGCCGCCGCCGCCACAUCAGGCGGCGGCGGGGCUGCAGGGGCUGGGCGGGCCGCCGGGCGGGCCGGACCAGCUCAAGUGGACCUUCCCGCUGGCCGACGGGCCGCCGGUGCGGCGCAUGCGGCUGAGCCUGGACGGUGGGCUGCUGGCGCUGCAGCGCGGCGGGCGGCUGCUGGAGCUGGUGGAGCUGGCCACGGGGAACGUGUUCGUGCAGCUGGUGGAGCUGGUCACGGGGAACGUGUUCGUGCAGGGCACGGACAAGAGUGACCUCAUCACCUUCUUCUUCACCGAACUGCCCGGGGCCGAGGUGGUGCUGGUGGCGCCCGGCGGUCUGGAGAUGUACGAGUUCGUGGGCGCGCGGCGGCAGGGGCUGCGGCUCAAGGAGCGGAUCCGCAUGCCCGUGGAGUGGGCCAUCUACACACACGAGACCCGCAUGGUGCUGCUGGGUACGGCAACCGGCGGCGUGUCGUACAUCAAGGCCUUCCAGUUCGUGAGCACGGGACUCGUCGUACUGCCGCCCUUCACGGCGGGCGCCGCCGCCAGCGCCCUCGCACUGAUGGGCGUGCCCUCCGCCGCCGGCACCGCCGCCGGCAUCGGGCCCGCCGGCGGAGUUUCGGUUACGGGUCUGGGUCUGGGUCUGGUCAGUGACAUUGGCGGCGGUGGUCUGGUGGGUGUCGGCAGCGCCGCCGUGGCGGCGGUGGGCGGCCUGGCGGCCAGCCCGGCGGCGGCGGCGGCGGUGGCGACGCCGCCGGUGCGGGUGCCGCCUGAGAACCUGCGCCUGAUCAAGGUGUACGGCAGGGUGUACUGCGUGCACAUCAACCGCCGCUCGCUCAAGCUGGAGCUGUACCGCUUCUACACGGACACCGUCGUAUUGCAGUACACGUACGAGCUGUUCUCGCCGCACGUGGAUGUGGCGGUCGUGGAUUCCGUCAUCGUCGUCGUGGCGCAGCAGCCGCCCGCUGGAUCCAGCGCCGCCGCUGCAGCUGGAUCCAGUGCCGCAUCUGGAUCCGGUUUUAGCGGCGGGCUGGGCGUCGCGAUGCUGUACGACGUGGCUGCGCACACGGGCCAGCCCGUCGCCAACCCGCUGCCCGUACGGCUACUGCGGUUUUACUCGGGUCCGGGCGCGCCGCCGGAGGCGGCGGCGCCGGCUGGCGACGCCCACGGGUCGCACCGUUUCGACUUCCUGGCUCCCAGCGUGAUACUGGACCGUACGGCACAGACCGUGUACCGCCUGGCCCUGAACCUGCCCGCGGUGGUUGAGUCAUGCUCGGACGCCGCCGUGCUCGCCGGCUUCCUGCAGCGCCGCCGCGGCGGCCCCACGCCCGCCAUGGCUCUGGCGGCGCCGCCGCCUGGAGGCGCGCCGCCGCCGGGCUCGGAGGUGGCGGCGGCGCUGGCGGCAGCUCUGGCGGCGGUUCAGCCCAAGGCGCUGCUGCUGGGGGUGGUUCGCAAUGCGCUGCAGGAGCGCAUGCCCAUGGCUACGGUCCGCGCCAUCUUUGACGACCUGUGUGCCGGCUACGCCGCCGCCCUGGACCGAGAGCUGCUGGCGGCGGCCCUGGCGCCGCCCCCGCUGCCGCCGCCGCCGCCAGCGGCGGCGCCAGCAGCUGCAGGCGGCUCCGCCGCCGCGGCGCAGCCGCCCGGCGGCGGCAGCAGCGCAGCCGCCGCCGCUGCCGGUGCAGCCGGGGGUGGCUCCGCCGGGGGCGCUGCGGCGCUGCCGCUGCCUCCCCUGCCCCCGCCUGCUCCGGGCUCUGUGCCGAUGCCGGCCUACGUGACGCCGGAGGAGCUGGCCACGCAGCUGUUCAGGUGGCUGCAUGAUGAGGAGGUGGUGGACGCGCCCUACCUGCAGGCGGCGCUGUCGGAGUACAUGGCAGCGGCUGUGGGCGCCGGCAUACCCCUGCCCGCAUACCUGCAGGGCCUGAGUGUGGAGGUGAUGAUGCAGCAGCAGCAACUCCUGCAGCCGCACCUGCAGGCGGGCCAUGUGCUACAGCUGCUGUACAGCCAGGCACAGUACGUGGCGCCGGAGGUGGUGCAAAAGGUGGUGGCGGCGCUGAGUGCUACAGCCGCCGCCACCGCUACAGCCGACGGCGGCGAGGGCGCGGAGCUGGAGCCGGCGGGCGUGGCGGACCGCGCCGCCGGUGCAGCCGCCACCGGCAGUAGCAGCGGCAGCAGCAGCGCCGCUGCCGCCGGAACCUCGGCUGUAGCACGCAUGGCGCGGCAGUUGGAGCUGGACGAGCUCGGCCGUACGGCGCUGGCGGCGCGGUACGAGUCGCCAGUGGCGCCGCACGUGCCAUACUACCACUCGCCCGUUACGGCGGCGGCGGCGGCGCGGUCCGGCCCGGCGGCGGCGUUUGGCGCUGCUGCCACGCCAGGUGGCGGCGGCGGCGAUGCGGCGGCUUACGUGGCGGCGCUACUGGCGGGCGGGGACGUGCUGCGCGCGGCGCGGGUGAUGAAGCGCUACCGUGUGUCAAAACCCACUGUACGGGAGUUUGUCACCGCGGUUGGCGCGCGCGGCGACGCUGUUGCGCUGGCGGCGGUGUACCGCGUGUUCCAGGACGAGCUCCUGUCGGCCUUCCCCAAGUAUGAGCUGGCGGCGCGGACGCUGCUGCCGCCGGGCGCCGCCGCCGCCGUCGGCAUCGUGCCGCCGCCCGACCGGCCCGCCGCUGCCGCCGCGGCUGGCUCCGCCGCCGCCGUUGCCAGGGCUUAGGCCUCCCGCGGCAUGCAGCCGUUUUGCUUAUUGCUGCGCGGAUGCGGCGCGGUGAAUCACCAGGCGGGUAUUGAGACGUGUGCAUCUGUGUGCGCCGCAUGGGGCGCUUUUGCAUGAUUUCCAGAUCGAGAGAUGCGGGCGUGAGCGGAUCGGGAGCGACGCAGGCCCCCCGUAUGGUGCGGCGCUGCCAAUGUCUGUGCGUGGAUGUGGUCUGCACAUGGAUGGGAGUCGUGGUUACUUCCGAUGAGGAUGGGACAACGAGGCUGUGCGACAAACAGAUGCCAGCACAUGUAAAUAACACGGUAUGUAAAUGUUUGCAAAU